AUGCGGCGGGGCGCGCUGCUGGCUGGGGCGCUGGCCGCCUAUGCCGCGUACCUGGCGCUGGGCGCGCUGGCCUUGGCGUGGCUGGAGCGGCCGCACGAAGCGCGGCUCCGCGCCGAGCUGGGCGCGCUGCGGGAGCAGCUGCUGCGGCACAGCCCGUGCGUGACGCCCCCGGAGCUGGACGCCUUCGUGGAGCGGGUGCUGGCGGCCGGACGGCUGGGGCGCCUCGUGGUCGCCAACGCGUCGGGGGUCGCCAACGCGUCGGACCCCGCCUGGGACUUCGUCUCAGCGCUCUUCUUCGCCAGCACACUGGUCACCACCGUCGGCUACGGGUACACGACGCCGCUGACGGACGGGGGCAAGGCCUUCACCAUCGCCUUCGCGCUGCUGGGCGUGCCGCUGACCAUGCUGCUGCUGACCGCCUCGGCCCAGCGCCUGUCCCUGCUGCUCACCCGCGCACCGCUCACCUGGCUCAGCCUGCGCUGGGGUUGGCACCCCCGGCGGGCGGCACGCUGGCACCUGGUGGCGCUGCUGGCCGUCAUUGUGAUCACGUGCUUCCUGCUGCCCGCUGCCAUCUUCACCUCCCUGGAGGCUAACUGGAGCUUCCUGGACGCCAUCUACUUCUGUUUCAUCUCCCUGUCCACCAUCGGCCUGGGGGACUACGUGCCCGGGGAGGCCCCCGGACAGCCCUACCGCGCCCUGUACAAAUUGCUGGUCACCGCCUACCUCUUCCUGGGCCUCGUGGUCCUGAUGCUGGGACUGCACACUUUCCGCCGCUUCGCCGACCUGCAUGGCCUCACCGAGCUCUUCCUGCUGCCUCCUGAGACGCACCUCGACGGCGCGGGCACUGCGGAGGAUGAGGACGACCAGGCGGACAUUCUGGGCCCCCCGAUGGAAUCACAGCAGCAGCUGGCCACCAGCUCCCACCCCGACUAUGCCUCCAUCCCCAGGUAGCCGCAGCUGGCCAGGGCUCCCCCAAGACUGAGCCGACAGCCACAAAACAGCCAAGAGCACAUGUCCAGGCAAUGAGACACAGCCCCCGGCGCUCCAUCCUGUGUUUUCCCUGUCGGGGUUCUGCCGGGCACCCCAUGGCAGCACCCUCUCCCCUCUUGUCUCCCUGGACUCUGGGCCUCUCUUUCCCCCUCUUAUCCUUUCUUUGUUUUCUUGUCCUUUUAUUUCUCUGUGAGCCACAUCUUGAGAUGCGCAGGGCUUACUUCUGGCUCUGUGCUCAGUGGUCACUCCUGGCAGGGCUUGGGGGACCCUGUGAGGUUCCAGGAUCGAAUCCGGUAGGUGGGUUUCAAGGCAAGUGUGCCUGACCCCCGUGCUAUCUCUCCAGUCUCAUUCUUUUUGUUUUUAUUUUUCUGGGCCACACCAGGCACAGCUCAGGAAUCUUUCUCCUGGCUUUGCACCCAAGGACUAUGCCUGCGUGAUUGGGAACCAUAUGGGAUACCAGGGAUCAAUCCGGGUCGGCCAUGUGUGAGCCCCUUUCUCAUUCUUUUUUGGGAGGAUCUCUGAAGCGGUGAUCAGGGGAAUCUGUUAUCUCUCCCAGUGACACUUGGCCAACUGGCCAGAAGGUUUGAUGCUGGAGCCUGCAAUGUGGGGCUGUUUGGACCUUCUGGGGGACCCUCUGGACCCCACCCAUCUGUGAUCUGGGGCCCUGUAGUUUGGGACCAGACCCUGGGAUCAGCACUUUGCAGAGCGUCCCCAGCCACUGCUUCUCUUUCACUUCCUCCGUCUCUCAUCUCCCAGACUCUCAGUUCAGACAUGAGUUGGGUCACCCCCACUUUGGGUAAGCACCUGGUCCUCUCAGAGCAGUAAUUGCCUCUUCCUCUGAUAAAUGGAAAGAAUGUAUCACUUACCCCAAACGGCCUUCCCCACCCCCAAACACAUACACUUUGUGCCGGUCAUGCUAGGAGGUACUGUGGACACAGCAGUAGUUGCAGUGGCCUGAACCCUGCUCUCAGCUGGGGUUGGGGGCUGCAGCCCAAUCCUCCCCCCCCACAGUGACAACCCAGGCUGGACACAACCUCGGUGGGGAAAGCAGAGUGACAGGGAGACAUGGCCUGUCUAGCCUGGAAAGUCAGGGAAGACUUCCUGGAGGAAGGAAUACCUAAACUCAGUGCUGGCACAGGAGGAUUUGUGGGGAAAGAAGGUGGCUCUUCCUUGUUUCCUCAAGUGUCUCCAUGGAUAACCCUGGGCUCUGUCGGGUAUAGAAUCUUCCUGGCUGGUAGGAGGCUGAAUCAGGAUAGCAGCAGCUCAGGUCCGGGUAUCACAGAAGGCGCUGCCCUGGUGAAGACAGCUCUGUAGGUUUGCUGAGAACACUUGCAGGAGGCACACUGGGUGCCCGUCCUGCUCAACCCAUCCUGCCUGGACCCCUGGCACUCCGGUCAUCUUAAGUGACAUUCAGCUUCCUUGUCUGCAAAACAGCAGUCCUGGUCCCCGCCUUGGGGUCCUGGCUUCCAAGAGUGACCUCACAAGCCUGGCCUGUUACUCGUCAUUGCGUGCACUGACCGGCCCAGGCCUUCGGACUCACAUAUGAGAUCCUAACACUACCGCCUGCCAUUUAUGAGGAAACUGAGUCACGGCGUGGGAGGGAAGGUAUUAAACCAAGUUGGACUGGAACCUGCUGUGUGUGGAGGGCUAGAGCGACACCUAGUGGUGGGUGUCAGGAAGUCAUAGGACUCCCAGGACUGGGGCCGCAGGUGGGAAUGAGGAGAGACCAGGCUGGAGAAAUCAGACUUUGCUGUAUCCACAGAGGAAAAUUUGGGUUGCAAAUGAGGAAGGUUUGAUCAGACCUGGUUGAAACCAUACUGCGAUUGUAUAUUGCACUUGAUCAGAGCUGGGGAAAGCUCUGGGAGUACAGGCACAGCUCUGGGAGCAACUCAUACCCUCUGUCUCUGCUAGAGCUCUCUCAACUGGAGACUUGGUUCCAUGUGGACUCCCCUUUGUGGCCCCAAAGUAGCUGCCACUGGUCCAGACAUCACAAUUUGACAGGAUCUUUUUUUUUCCUUUUUUUUUUUUUUUUUUGGUUUUGGGUCACACCUGGUGCUCAGGGGUUACUCCUGGCUCUGCACUCAGGAACCAUUCCUGGAAAGUUCAGGGGACCACAGGGGAUGCUGGGCAUCAAUCUGGGGUCAGCUACAUGCAAGGCAAGUGCCUUACCCCUUGUACUCAGGCCCCACAAUCAUCUUUUUGAUUUGCAGUGUAGGGGAUCAAACCCAGGGGCUCAAGGACUCAAAAAACAUCCCUUCUUUUCCAUCUUAUCUUCUUGAAAGCAAGGAGACCUUCCCCAAAAGCUUUCCAGCAGACUCCUCUUCCCUCUUUUUUUUUUUCUGGGUCACGCGCAGCGAUGCUCAGGGUUUACUCCUGGCUCUGCACUCAGGAGUUACUCCUGGCAGUGCUUGGGGGGACCAUAUGGGAUGCUGAAGAUUGAACUCUGGUCAACCACAUGCAAGGCAAAUAUCUACCCACAGUACUAUCACUCUGGCCCCUCCUCUUCCAUCUUACUGGAUGAAAUAGUCACAUGUUCAUCCUGAGCUACCCACUGGAUUAGCUUGGGGGUGUGACCACCCGCCUUGAUCAAGGCCAGGGCUGUAGGUUCCAUGCAGAGGUCAGGGAAUUCUUGAACAAGACUGGGCUUGGUUCGCCACAUGACUCUUUCCAAUUGCCAAGGCGUGGGAGGGUGGAUGGGACACAGGGUCAGGGCCGUGAUGCCUGCUGGGGCCCACAUGGAGGUUGCCAGGGGCUCAGACGACAAUCUGUGAGUUCAUCUCAGAUCAUCAAAGGCAACAGGGAGUUACUGAAAUAGGGAAGCAGAGGGAGAAGUCAACACAGUUUAUCAUGCUAAAGCCACUCAUGACUCUCACUCAGUUAUUCUGACUCUUUUAUUUUGCAUAGUAGGACCAUUUGGCAGAGGGGAGAUAGUUCAGUGGGUAGGGUGCUUGCCUUGCAUGCAGCUGGCCCAUGUUUGGUCCCCAGCACUGCAGAGGAUUCCCUGAGGAUGAGGAGUGAUCUCUGAGUGCAGAGCCCCUCUCUGAGCAAUGCUGAGUGUGACCCCUAAGCCCUAGCCCCCAGCUAAAUAGUUUGAUCACUCUCAAUGGUGAUCAAGAGAUCAUAGUCCUGGGAACCAAACACAGUGUGGUUCCCACACACAACCAGCCAUUUGAGCCAUAUCCUUUCAAGAGUGUUUAAAUAAAUAGUGCAGGGGCUCAGAGCCCUGCCUCAAAAGCCUGUGGUCCUGGGGCUGGAGUGAAGGCACAGUGGGUAAGGCAUUUACCUUGCACGUAGCCGACCCGGGUUCAAUUCCCAGCAUCCCAUAUGGUCCCCUGAGCUCCUCCAGGAGUAAUUCCUGAGUGCAGAGCCAGGGGUAACCCCCUGUGUGACUCAAAAAGCCAAAAAAAAAAAAAAAAGCCUGUGGUCGUGAGUACAAAUCCCCAGUACCCCACAUGCUCCAGUGGGGUCGUUCUGCUGUCUGUGGGUCCUGGCACUGCAGGUGAUUUUGGGCUACCCAGCUGACAGGUAUUUGUGGGCACCACAAACAAGAAGUGUGACCUCAGCAAGCACCAGUCAGAAAAUGUGAUCUCUGGUGAGCGCAUGUGAGCCUCACAGCGAUGACUUACGUGUGUCCCCCAACUAAAACUGCAUCUCCUGCAGAGCAUAUUUGCUGGCACUGCCCCUCAAAGGGGUCAGAUACCAGUGAACACUGCAGCCAAUUGUGAGCCCCGCAACCACGCUAGCCUGGCAUGUCUGCAACCCCCGGCAUCAUGACACCACCAACAACAAACGGAAGUGGGAAGAGGGGAAGGAGUGAAAAUAAAUGAAUCCAUCAAAAUUUUUCUUCCAUUUUGGUUUCUGGUCCACCCCUGGCAGUGCUCAGGGAUCACUCCUGGAAGGGCUUGUGGAGACCAUACGGGUAGACGGGUAUUGAAAAGC